UGCAACAAGAGAGAGAAGCUAGAUAGAGAUAGAGAGAGAGAGAGAGAGAACCACCACGCGGCCGGAGACGCCCAAAAAUACCAUCUCUUCCCGGCCCAGGCAAGAAAUCAAUCCUCCACCAAGCAUCCGCCGCAUUUGUGCGGUCCGGCGAAUCUGCCAUGGGGAGGGAGAGAUUUCUCCUCCUCCCCCUCCUCAUCCUCCUCGCUGUCGCCGCCCCCGCCCCCGGCCCCGCCGCCGCGGCGACGGCGUAUACGGCCGACGCGGGCGUCAUCUUGGAGCUCGCCAAGUCGCUGACCAACCCGCCGCCGUCCUGGACCGGAACCGACGUCUGCGGCGGCGCCACCUUCCAGGGCAUCACCUGCGACGGCGGCCGCGUCACCGGCAUCAACCUCGCCAAGCAGCAUUUAUCCGGCACCCUCCCCCCAUCCCUCUCCGACCUCACGGCGCUCCAGUGGCUGCAGCUCCAGGGCAACGCGCUGGAGGGUGAUUUGCCCUCCCUGGCCCGGAUGGGUUCCCUCGAGACCCUCGCGCUCGACGGCAACGCGUUCACCGCCCUGCCGCCGGACUUCCUCGAGGGCCUCCCCUUGCUGCAAAGCCUCAGCAUGGACGAUCUGCCUCUCAAGUCGUGGAGCAUUCCCGACGCAGUCGUGGGUUGCACCGCGCUGCUGAACUUCUCGGCCUCCAACGCCUCCGUCUCUGGCCCCUUUCCGGCGGUUCUUGCCAACCUGACAUCGCUCCGGAUGCUGCGGUUGUCGUACAAUUACCUCACCGGGGGCCUGCCAGUGGUGUUAGAGGGGUUGGACUCGCUGGAGUCGCUGCAACUUAACAACCAGAAUUCUGAUGACAAACUGUCAGGGCGGAUCGAUGUUGUGGCGAAGUUGCCGAGCUUGAAGACGCUGUGGCUUCAUUCCAACAAGUUCACCGGCCCGAUCCCGGACUUUAGCCCUGAUUCACAGCUGGUUGAUUUCAAUGUCAGGGACAACAGUCUCACCGGAGUGGUACCACCCUCGCUGAUAGGGAUCGCAAGCCUUCAGAAUGUGAAGCUGUCCAAUAACCAUUUUCAAGGGCCAAAGCCAAAAUUCGCAGCUAACAAUAUAGAUAUUGAUUCUGGGAACGGGUUCUGUCUCAAGGAUCCUGGGCCCUGCAAUCCACUGGUGACCAUUCUGCUUGAGGUGGCUUCAGGGUUUGGAUACCCACUUGAGCUUGCGAAGUGGGCAGGAAAUGAUCCGUGCAGAAGUGGUCCAUGGCCUGGUCUUACCUGCAUAAAAAUGGAUGUGACUCAAAUCAAUUUGGCUCGCAAGAACUUGUCAGGGUUGAUUUCACCGGCUUUUGCAAACCUGACUAGGCUUCAAAGGCUGGAUCUGUCGUACAAUCAACUCACAGGGGCGAUACCUGAUGCUUUGACAACCCUGGCAAACCUCCAUUAUCUUGAUCUGUCAAAUAAUCGUCUUACUGGACAAGUGCCUGAAUUUAAGCAGCGGAAUAUAAAGCUGAUGACUGCAGGAAAUCGAUUUGGGGAAUCAGAUGGUGAUAAUGGUGGAGGAGAUGGUUCCAAUGGUGGGUCCUCACCUUCAAAUCCUACAGGUUCACGGAACUCAAAGUCGAAUGCGGGAAUGAUCAUUGGAAUUCUUCUAGCUGUCAUUCUUCUUGUAGUUUGUGUUGUGCUUUUCCUACAUCAUCGAAGAAAGAAGAACGUAGACAAGUUCACUCCUGUCUCUACUAAGAGCCCUUCUGGUGAAUCUGAGAUGAUGAAGAUUCAGGUGGUUGGGACAAAUGGCAAUAGCAAUGGAAGUGAUUCUGCAAUCCCAACUGAGCUUUACAGUUACGUGAGCGCUGAUAGUACAAACAUUGCUGAUAUCUUCGAGUCUCAUGGGAUGCAAUUGCCAAUGAGUGUGGUACUGAAGGCCACAAACAAUUUUGAUGAGGAUUACAUCUUAGGUAGAGGGGGCUUCGGGGUGGUUUUCAAGGGGACUCUCAAUGGAAAGCUUGUUGCUGUGAAGAGGUGUGACAGUGGCACUAUGGGGACUAAAGGGCUGCAAGAAUUCAUGGCUGAGAUUGAUGUUCUUAGGAAAGUGAGACAUCGACACUUGGUUGCAUUGCUUGGGUACUGCACCCAUGGCAAUGAGAGGCUCUUGGUCUAUGAGUACAUGUCGGGAGGAACACUGCGUGAGCACCUGUGUGAUCUUCAGAAGAGUGGUUAUACUCCUCUUUCAUGGACUCAGAGGAUGACAAUAGCUUUGGACGUUGCCCGAGGAAUAGAAUAUUUGCAUGGUUUGGCGCAGGAGACUUUCAUCCAUAGGGAUCUGAAACCUUCUAAUAUAUUGCUGGACCAAGAUUUGAGAGCUAAGGUUUCGGACUUUGGGUUGGUCAAGCUUGCUAAAGAUACAGAUAAGUCCAUGAUGACAAGGGUAGCAGGGACAUUUGGAUACCUCGCGCCUGAAUAUGCUACUACAGGAAAGGUCACUACAAAAGUGGAUGUGUAUGCUUACGGUGUUAUACUAAUGGAGAUGAUUACGGGAAGAAAAGUACUCGAUGACUCAUUACCCGAGGAUGAAACACAUCUUGUAACGAUCUUCCGAAGAAAUAUGCUUGACAAAGAGAAGUUCAGGAAGUUUGUGGAUCCCACUCUUGAACUCAGUGCUGAAUCCUGGAACAGCUUGCUGGAGGUAGCUGAUCUUGCACGCCAUUGCACGGCACGAGAACCAUACCAGCGGCCAGACAUGUGUCACUGUGUGAACAGACUUUCCAGCCUGGUGGAUCAAUGGAAGCCAACGAAUAUUGAUGAUGAUGAUGAUGAUGAGGGCGGGACAAGUGAAAUGGGUCUUCAUCAGCAGCUAGAAAGAUGGAGACGUGAUGAUUUCACUAUAUCAGAUUCGGAUUCAUUUAGUACAUACAGCUUGUCAAGGAAGUACCAUUGACAGAGUGCAAGGCACAAUUCAUCAUGUAUAAAUGAGUCAAGAGGCUAUCUACAGCUCUUUGGGUCGCAAACAACAUUGAAGGUCAAUAUGCAAGGUAUUGUAGUUAGCCCACUGGAAAUAAGGUUGCUUCAUGAUCAGCAUGUUGCUCUUCUUCCUGCAUUGGUGGUUCUCAGCAUUUAGGAAGUCAUCAUACUUGAAACUAAAUGAUGCGUCUAGCUUAUCGAGUCUAUCUCAUUCUAGAGACAUUGAAUAGAGAAACAAUUUGUAUUGGAUGGUUAAGAGGGGGAAGGGAUAUGAAGGAAGCCAUAGCUUCCAAUAGUGUUUUCUGGUAGUAGUUUUUUCUUGUAGGCUUUAGAAGGGUUGCUUUGUGUACAAUCAACCGUGAGAAGAGAUUAUAUAUGCCUGGUAUUUGUAUUCGUUGUGUA